GAAAGAACAUCCCCCACUAACUUGCUUAUACUAUCUCUUUCAAAACUGCAAAGCGAUUGAAGAAACCACCAGAGACAGAAACAAACAAAGUAGAGCGAACCCCACAAAAUCAGUAGCAAUGGGGUGUGUUUCUUCAAAACUGUUCAAGAAAGAACUCCGUCAAGAAAUCAAAUUCAACAAUGGUGGACGGUGUGUUAACCACGUGGUCUCUCUCACUUCUUCAACUUAUGGUGCUCUCAAACUUGAUUGCAACAAUCAACAACCACCACAACAAGAACAAAAACAAGAACCCAUCAAAGAAAUUGCGGAAGAGAGUAAGAUAAUGCAACAAAGAUCGCCAACAAAAGAAGAGCCAGAGGUUAUCAACACAUGGGAGCUAAUGGGGGAUCUUGAGGAAGGUGUGCCUGCUUUAAAUCAGACCAAGAGAAGUCCAAAGUCAAGGGUUUUACGUCGUGGGUUUGCUGAUUUGGAUGUUAGGAGUCCACUGAAGUUCUUGAAUCAAAUUGGGUCUCCAAGAAAAGCGAAAACUUUUGGUGGAAAAGAAAACAAGGUAAAGAGAUCAUCAGAUUUUAGCCCUAAACCAGUUUUAAGAGCCAGCAAUUCUUCAGGGAAUUCGUCCAAGGCAGUUUUGAGAUUGAGUUAUCCAGUGAAAGGGUCUCCGGUUGGGGAUAAAACAGAAAGUUUUAGAAGCGAAUCUGGAGUUUCGCCGAAGAGGAGGAGGAGUUUUAGUCCUCUUUUUGAUCCAGAACUUGUUGCAUUGUAUGAGAAAGAGUUGUCUGAAGAAGAAGAACAAAUCAAGAGGAUAAUUUUGCCAAGUUCAAGAACCAAAAAAGUAAAGGAUUUGCGAGAUUUGGAAUCUAUCCUUCAGUCUUUCGAACAAAAAUGUCCGCCUGGAGGGGAAAAUAAGGUCGUGAUUUACACUACUACAUUGAGAGGAAUUCGAAAAACAUUUGAGGAUUGUAACACUGCGAGAUCAAUUAUUGAGUCACAUCAUAUUCACAUUGUUGAAAGAGAUGUUUCCAUGGAUUCGGGUUUUAAGGAGGAAUUAAGGAGGCUAAUGGGAACAAAAGAAGUCAAAGUUCCACUUGUGUUUGUUAAAGGGAGGUUAAUUGGUGGUGCUGACCAAGUGGUAAAGUUGGAGGAGGAGGGAAAGUUGGAGAUUUUGUUUGAUGGAAUCCCGAGAGGGCUUGCCGGAGGAUGUGAAGGGUGUGCUGGGGUUAGGUUUAUGAUGUGUGUGCAGUGUAAUGGGAGCUGCAAGGUUUUGGAUGAGAUGCAGAAGAAGAUGGUUAGAUGUGGUGAGUGCAAUGAGAAUGGGCUGAUACAAUGCCCUAUCUGUUGCUGAUUGAGUUUAAUGAGGUGUGUAUGGCAUUUUAUCUAACCUAUUGAAUUGAUUUUGGGAUUGUGAGGUUUUGGCUACGUUUGGUAAAUUCUUGUGAUACCUUGUCAGGAAUGAACAUAGAUUUUCUUCAUGAUGUUCCUUCGUUGAAAUACUGGAGGUACUAAAGCGGGGUUUAGGCCUCUUGUCAGAUUGACUUCUUGUAUUUCUGGAUAUUAGUUGCUUAAUUUACUAAUGUAUUUAUAUUUCAUGAGUUCUUUAGAAAUUCAUUGCUCCAUUAAGCUCUAAAUCUUACUUUGUUAAACAAGUGAA